GACACAUGUCAAACAAAUAUAAUUUUACGGUUAAAUUGUAUUCAAAUAUUCUCUUUCAAUAAUAGUAACAUAAUAUUGGAGAUGGCUUUCGUAAUAAAGUUCGCGAAGGGUGUGCGAAAUCACUGGAAAAAGUCCACAUUCGCAGCCUGCCUAAUGGCUUACGGUGGAAGUUGGUUGAAAGAGAAAUAUGAAAUUGAUGACCUGAUGAAAUUCUACUGUGAAGAGGCCCUGAAACAUGGGCAACAAGCAAUCAAUGGAACAGUGAAUCCACGCACAGUAACAGUGAUAUUGAAUCCUGCAGCAAACAAACGAAAGGCUCUGGAGGAAUUUGAAAAGUAUUGCUCCCCCAUUUUAAAUCUAGCAGGCAUUUGCGUCGAUGUCGUGCAGACAGAGAGUGAAGGACAUGCAAAGGAAUUGGUACAAAAUUUACAAAAUACUGAUGCAGUUAUAGUAGCUGGAGGUGAUGGAACUCUUUCUGAAGUUGUGACUGGCCUCCUGAGACGAACAGGAGAGAGUAAUGGGAAUGUUAUUCCAGUUGGUGUGUUGCCACUUGGUAUAAGUAACAGUGUGGGAUCAGCGUUAUUCCCUGGUGGAAGUAGAUUACCCAAAGUUAAGUCAAUGGCUGAUGCAUCAUUGGCUAUUGUUGAGGAAGCCACCAAGCCAAUAGAUGUAAUGAAAAUUGAAUUGAUCAAUGAAGGACCAGAACCUGAGGAGGCUAAACCUGUGUAUGCCCUCUCUGGAAUUGAAUGGGGAGCAUACAGGGAUGCUGCAGCAAGGAAGGACAAAUACUGGUAUUAUGGACCAUUAAGAAAGUAUGCAACAUAUAUUUUCAGUGGAUACAAGGAUAGCCUCAGCUGGAAUUGCAAUGCAUUGGUCACCUAUACUCUUCCAUGUGAAGGAUGUUCCAAUUGCACAAUAGAACGAACUGAAAGUGACAAAAGGUGGUAUCACCGUUUCUUCUCAUCACCCAAAGACAAUAAAUCCAAGGCUCAUAUUAUUAAUGAUCAGUGCAAAUUGCAACAAGAGAAGCAAAUAUCGACCACUGAUUUAGCAUUGAUUACCUCUAAUAUUCUCGGCGAAACUAGCGGACCUCCGCAGCUACAAUUGCAUUUAGGACCUGACUCUGUGGAUUACGUAGAUUUUGUCUCUGCUGGUUUCAAAACUGAGACGGGCGGAAACAGGGAAGUCAAAGAAACUAUACUCGCUCGUCAGAUGGAAAUCAAACCGGUAACCGCAGAAGAAGGAAAAGAGAUUUGGUUCUCUAUAGAUAACGAAGACUUCGAAGUGAAACCCGUGAAAAUAACAUUGCUACCUAAAAUUAUAAGAAUGUUCUGUAAAAAGAGCGAAGCCAUUUUUUAACGUUUUUACACAGUCGCAUUUGUUUGUUCUUUUAUAAAUA